UAAUAAAAAUAAAAAACCGCACAGUUAAAUACGAAAGAUUCUUUUCAAGUGCUGUGUCGAAGGUUUUGUUACUCGCAGUCGCACCACCACCUCCUCCCCCGCGCGAACGACGUCUUUCUCCCCGCCAUUUUCUUCUCUUGCCGGAACCUCGAUCUCAGAUGAAAACUUCAGAGUUGAUUGUUCAAGAUGAAGAGGCGGCUCAGCAGACAAUGAAAAAUACUGAAUGGCCAGAUGGUUUAGAUAAAAAGGACGAAAAAAAGAAGAAGAAGAAGAAGAAGAAGAAGAAUAAGCAGAAGGAACAUAAAACCCAAAAGGACGAGCAGAAAGAAGAGAAAGAAUCUGAUACAGAACCUUGGGUUAAGAACGAAGAAAUAGGAUUUGCUACUGGGUGGCGAGAUUGUUCAGAUAAAAAGGACAGAGAAAAGAAGAAGAAGCAUAAAAAGAAGCAGAACGAACAUAACGCUCAAAAGGACGAGCAGAAAGAAGAAAUAGAAUCUGAUGCAGAACCUGGGGAAUCUGAGACGGAAACUUAUGUGAAAAAAGAUGAUGAAAAGCCAAAGAAGAAAAAAGCUAAGUUGUCUGAAGGCAUUGAUGGAAAUAAUCAUAAAAGAGAACCAAACAGUGGUAAGGAGAAGAAGAAAAAGAAGCAAAAAACUGAGGAUUCUACAGAAAGUUCUUCUCCUAUUACCAAGGAGAAGAAGAGGAAGAAAACUAAGUAUGUUGAAAAGGUUCAGGAAGGAGGAGCAGGAUUGAGGGAGAACGAGGAAAUUAGUAGUUCUCCUGAAAGACAAUCGCCCAAGGGAUCAUCCAAGAAAGUAAGAUUUUCAGAAGAUGUGGAGAUCUUUCCACUAGUUGAUGACCAAAAUAGUGGGAAAACUAAGGAAGAUGACGGUUUAAUUAGAGGGAAGCGGUUUUCCAAAGAAGAAGACGAGAUAGUGAAAAAGGCUGUCUUCGAAUACAUUGAGAAACACGCUCUUGGUGAUGAAGGUCUCAAAAUGGUUCUUCAUUGCAGGGAGUAUCCAGAGAUCAAAAGUUGUUGGAAGGACAUAGGAAAAGCCAUACCUUAUAGGCCUUAUUUGAGUGUAUAUUAUAGAGCUCACAUCUUGUUUGAAAGGGAUGAGAAGCGUAAAUGGACUCAUGAGGAAUAUGAACUUGUUCGAAAGUUUCAUGACACACAUGGGUCAGAUUGGAAAGGAUUAGCCGAUGUCCUUGGAAAACACAGGUUUCAUGUGAAAGAUACAUGGAGGCGUAUAAAACUCCCCAAUAUGAAGAAAGGGCAAUGGACACAAGACGAGUACCAGAAAUUAUUUGAUUUAGUUAACAAAGACCUGCGACUCAAGGCUUAUGAGGAAAAAAGAUCCAAGCAUGGGAUGCUUCGUGACAAUAUCUGCUGGGGAGCAAUCAGCGACGUGUUGUCCACAAGAUCAACUGCUCUUUGCUGCCAGAAAUGGUAUCGCCAGUUAACAUCGCCAAUGGUUGCUGAGAAUGAAUGGGCAGAUGUAGACGACUACCGGCUUGUUGAUGCUCUCUCUAGCUUGGAUGCCUGCUCCAUUGAAGAUGUGGAAUGGGACCAACUGCUUGAACACAGAGAUGGUGAUGUAUGUAGAAAGCGGUGGUCUCAAAUGGUCAAACACAUAGGUGAUAAUGGGAACAAGUCAUUUUCUGAACAAGUUGAAAUCCUCUCCCAGCGAUAUAGCAUUGAUGUACUUGAUGCAAGAGAAGCCUAUGACAAUGCGCCUGUAGUUGAUUAGGCAAAGCAUAGUUCAAAUCUCGUCAAAUUUCUUUUCAUUCAGGAGGUAUAGUAUCAAGAUGUCUAAUUGCAGUAAGUUGUCUUCCUCACAGCCCAGGAUUUCAUGCUAGGAAUAUCAAGUUCUUUAUGAUCUUUUUCGACAAAGAAACACAUAUCAAGUUCUUUAUGAUCUUUUUCGACAAAGAAACACAUAGCGUCCUUAUCAGUUGUUAUUGUUAUGUAAUGGUUAUAUUAGUUGCUACUUUUGUAAUUUUCCAAGUACUCUACCCAGGUGAAAAAGUUUUGGGAGUUUCUUUUUCUUA